AGAUAUGACCAGUAAUGGCAUCUACUUCAGUUCUGAGUUGCUCAGUGAACUGUGUGGAUUGAGUGGACCAUAUCCUUUCCCAUCAUGAUACACAACGCAAAGGCUCUCCAUUUGUAGUGCUGCGUUCUGACUAGUGGCCAAGCACGUGACAGCCCAAACUUCAGCAAAGGUACAAUAAGACUAUGUCAGAGAGUCACAAUGACCUUUCACGGUAACAGUACAACCUCGCCUUUGUUUCCCAACAUCAGCUCUUCCUGGGUACACAGUCCCUCAGAGGCGGGGCUGCCCUUGGGGACAAUCACUCAGUUGGGCAGCUACAACGUUUCACAAGCAACUGGGAAUUUCUCCUCAAACGACACCUCCAAUGACCCUCUGGGGGGCCACACCAUCUGGCAAGUGGUCUUCAUUGCACUCUUAACUGGUUUCCUGGCUUUGGUGACCAUCAUUGGCAACAUCCUUGUCAUUGUGGCAUUUAAGGUCAACAAACAGCUGAAGACAGUCAACAACUACUUCCUCUUAAGCCUGGCCUGUGCAGAUCUGAUCAUCGGGGUCAUUUCCAUGAACCUGUUCACUACGUACAUCAUUAUGAAUCGCUGGGCACUGGGGAACUUAGCCUGCGACCUCUGGCUUUCCAUUGACUAUGUGGCCAGCAAUGCUUCCGUCAUGAAUCUGCUGGUCAUCAGCUUUGACAGGUACUUUUCCAUCACCAGACCUCUCACCUACCGAGCCAAACGAACAACAAAACGAGCCGGUGUGAUGAUUGGUCUGGCUUGGGUCAUCUCCUUUGUCCUGUGGGCUCCUGCCAUUUUGUUCUGGCAAUACUUUGUAGGGAAGAGAACUGUGCCCCCACAAGAGUGUUUUAUUCAGUUUCUGAGUGAGCCCACCAUCACCUUCGGCACGGCGAUUGCUGCCUUUUACAUGCCUGUCACCAUCAUGACUAUUUUAUACUGGAGGAUCUAUAAGGAGACUGAGAAACGUACCAAAGAGCUGGCUGGGCUACAGGCCUCUGGGACAGAAGCGGAAGCAGAAAACUUUGUCCACCCCACCGGAAGUUCUCGAAGCUGUAGCAGCUACGAACUACAACAGCAAGGCAUGAAACGGUCAUCCAGAAGGAAGUAUGGUCGCUGCCACUUCUGGUUCACAACCAAGAGCUGGAAGCCCAGUGCUGAGCAGAUGGACCAAGACCACAGUAGCAGUGACAGUUGGAAUAACAAUGACGCUGCUGCCUCCCUGGAAAACUCUGCUUCCUCCGAUGAAGAGGACAUUGGCUCAGAGACCAGAGCCAUCUAUUCCAUUGUGCUGAAGCUGCCAGGCCACAGCACAAUCCUCAACUCUACCAAGCUACCCUCCUCAGAUAACCUGCAGGUGCCAGAUGAGGACCUGGGGACUGUGGAUGUAGAGAGAAACGCCCACAAGCUUCAGGCCCAGAAAAGCAUUGAUGACCGUGACAACUGUCAGAAGGACUUCUCCAAGCUUCCCAUCCAGUUAGAGUCUGCCGUGGAGACAGCCAAGAUCUCUGACACCAACUCCUCGGUGGACAAGACCACGGCUGCUCUACCUCUGUCCUUCAAGGAAGCCACACUGGCUAAGAGGUUUGCUCUCAAGACCAGAAGUCAGAUCACCAAGCGGAAAAGGAUGUCGCUCAUCAAGGAGAAGAAGGCUGCCCAGACACUCAGUGCCAUCUUGCUAGCCUUCAUCAUCACAUGGACCCCCUACAACAUCAUGGUCCUGGUGAACACCUUCUGUGACAGCUGCAUACCCAAAACCUAUUGGAAUCUGGGCUACUGGCUGUGCUAUAUCAACAGCACGGUGAACCCCGUGUGCUAUGCCCUGUGCAACAAAACAUUCAGAACCACCUUCAAGAUGCUUCUCCUCUGCCAGUGUGACAAAAAGAAGAGGCGCAAACAGCAGUACCAGCAGAGACAGUCGGUCAUCUUUCACAAGCGAGUGCCCGAGCAAGCCUUGUAGAAAAGGGGUUUAUCAAUAGCAGUGACCACACACGCACAUCAGCCCACACAGCCUAGCAAAAGUCUGGCGAGGGUGGGAGGCCAUUCCUGAUGGUGAUAAAAGGGGUUUUUAUCAACCACACAGGAGAGAAGCUGCCUAUUUACUGAUCCAUUGAAUAACUGAUUUUGGUCCAAGGCCAAUUCAGCGGGAAAGAAGGAGAACUGUACUGCUAAAUAUAAAGAAAUGUAUUCUGAAAUAGACUUUUAAAUGGAUUUUUUUCCCUUUAAGAGAAAAAAAAAAUUAUUGUCUCAGAGCAAGUAUCCUCAAAAAUUGAUCUGCCUAGGUCUUUUAAUUCCUAUUAGCUCUGGAAUCACUGGUGAGCCUCGAUGUGCUAGUUGCCAUGUGUUCUCCCUAAGGGUCCCAAAGUGUCCAUCCAGAUCCCACGUGAAGCACGCAGGCUUGAAAAAAAAAAAAUCUGUGGUUCUGAGUUAUUUUGUAUAUUGCAAAGCUGACACCACUUGUCCCCGAUCAGCUUCUGUCCUCUCUCGGUGUGUUGUUAAAUUCUAUUCGUGGAUUUGACUCUUGGUUCUUGCAAAGUACUGUUUUGUGCAGUUCAAGUUUCAUACAAAUAAAAUUGUACAUGAAUACAUGCAUAUCUAUAUAUGUGUGAGUUCUGCACGCACACACAUUGUGUAUAUAACAUGAUGGGGAACAAUGAAGGGGCAGAAAGUUCCUACUGUGUAUAUUUUCAGUGCUUUGGUAACUGAAACUCUCUAGGAUCCUCAAACAAUAUGAAACUGAAAGAAGCCCAGUUUAAUGUUGUGUUUUGGUUUGGGUUUUUGACACUGGAGAUAUUUUUCACAAACCACCCUGAAGAAAGAUAUCCAGCACCGAGAAGCCAGUCUUUCUCAGCAAACCUAUGCUAGACGGACAGUCUUGAGGGAGGGUCAGUCAGCCGGCAUCCCGACUUGACUGGACUCUGUACGUACUGUCUCCUGCGCUGUUAGCUCUGUUAAUAGAGUUAAACCAGGGCCCCUCCAAGCUCAAAAGAAUGAACUUCUGUACAUGUUUGAAUUUAGUCGUCCAAAUCUGAAUGUUUCAAAACAAAAUUUCUGGGAUCUAAACUGCUCGAAACUCAAUCCUAGAGUCACCUUCGAAUGUCACAUACAGCAAUAUAUCUACAUUUACAUAGAAAAUCAAAGGAAAUACUGUGCUUGGAGCUGAUGGAAAGUAUUGUAUUUUACUUCUGGCCACCUGGCACCUUCUGAAAGGAAGCAGGGCUUACCUCCUGUCACUUAGCAGGAGACUGGACCUUCCGGUAGUCACUGUAUAACCUUCACCCAGGAAUGGUUGGUGUCCAGGAAGCCAUGCAUCCUCUGAAGAAAGAAUUGCACUUGAAAAAGUAUUACUUCAAAAUCGAUUUCUUUCCAUUGUGACAAGCGAAUUUUGCAUCAUCCUAUGAAUUGCCCCAAGUGCACCGUGUUCUCUCUGGGGGAGGGGUCUGCUGCUCUCAUUCUCCUGGCUGCUGUAUUUGUUGGGUUUCUUCUUUUCCUUCUGCUGGGACUGUGUGGGGAGCGGGUGGGGUGGGGGUGGGAGGGCUGUGGAGAACCCUUCCCUUGUGCAGGGCAUCCAUCCGUGUUGUGAACCCAGAGCUGGGGCCAAAGCUGCUUUUGUAUUCAGUGUGAGGUGGUGUUUACAGCCAACUUUGACAUCAGUGGGUGUGUUCUCAGUGGUGUGUCUGUACCUGAACUAUUUAAUGUCGUGUCUUGUUUAUAUAAAGAAUAUUUAUGC